UCGUCAACCUAUCGCCAUUUUCUCUCUCAUCAACCUAUCACCAUUUUCUCUCUCAUCAAACCGCUCACUCUCUCAAAUCAAACAACCGGUUUUGCUCCUAUAAAACCUUCAAUUGCAGUUCAAAAUCGUAAUUCAGUGAAAUCCUACAAACUCGAGAAGAUUUCGAAACUCUAGAAAUGGAUGUGCGUGAAGAAUUGAACCUCAAUAGAAGCAAACCUGCAUUCAGAAGAGGAGCAAAUUAAGCAGAAUAAAACGAAGAGUCAAGUGGAUCGAGUGCGACUAGUGCUAUAUUCCUCUGGAUCGAAGAAGAAGAAGAGAUUCAAUUAGCGGUGCUAAUGGAAAAAAAGAGAAAGGGACGAGAAGCUACAACAGCUUUCAAAGUGGUGGAUCCAAAUCUUCUGAAAGACAUAAAUGCAUCAUAUGAUAAAGAUGCAGACAAUGAUGAGAACCCUCAACCAAAGAAGUUGAAAUAUAAAUUCACAUGGGGCGGGAAAAGUAGUAAAGAGGCUGAAAAAGCUAUUGUUUCGGCUGAAAAAGUUAAUGCUCCGGCUCAAACGACUAUUACUCAAGAAGAAGAUGUUACAAGUGAAAGGCAAGACAAUGACGACGGUAUGCAUGUUGCUAGGAAAUCAAUUCUGGGAAAUGUAAUAAAGCAUGAUAAAACUAAAAAGACGUUAUAUCGUAAUCAUCACAAGAUAAUGUUGACUCCUGGAAGCUUUUGUGUGCUGCGGGAAGGAAAAUGUUAGCUCAUAAAAAAUAGCAUCAAUAAUAAGAAAGCUUAAACUAGAGAAAAAAAAAACUGAUUUAGAAAUGGAAGAGAAGGUAUUGAGAGAAGCUGCAAGAAGAAGAAGAAGAAGAAGAAGCUAAAAGGAAAAGAAAAGAAGAAGCCGAAAGGAAGAGAAAAGAGGAAGACGAGAGGAAGCUGAGAGGAAGAAAGCAGAUAGACAAAAAAAGGAGGCAUCAAUAGCCACAAAAGAGGAUGCAAAAGGAAGCAGGAAGAAAGAAGGCUGAAAAGGAGGCUGCAAAAAAGAAAGCGGAAAUAAAGAAUGCUAAAAAGGUGGCUGAAAAGGCGGCUGCAAAGAAGGAGUUGGAAAAAGGAAAGACAACUUUUGAGGAAAAUUUGAAGAAGGCUGCAAAAGAAAAAGCAAUUGAAUUUGCUAGGAAAAUGAAAAGAAAGCAUGUUGCUAAAAAGGGGGAAAAGGAGAUGAAUUUCUCCUUCAAAAAGAGAACGGCUUGAAGUCUAACAGGCUUUGUCUUCUCUAGAAGAUAUGGAAGCCAGUCAUGACAAUGAGAUGGAGGAAGCUGAGAAUUAGACCCCAUCUUAAGAUGAUGAAGAAAGAGAGGAGAACGUCAACAUCACACAAUUUUCAGAGUACGUAUAUUCUGAAUAUAUAUUUUUUGGGAUUUGGUGUAAAAACCUAAUGUCUUCCUUAUCUUCUUUUCACUCAAGCAUAGGUUUAUUGGAGAAUUUCUUGGCUAUGUAUGGUCGAUUGGUGUUUCUUAAUAACAUUCGGUUCAGGUCAAUUUGUUUCAACAUGCCUGAAUUCAAUGGUUUGGUGGAUAGUUGGCUUUAUCGCUGCAACAAAGUGCAUUGCUUACGUUAUGGGGUCAAUCGACCUUACUCAAUAAGGGGAAGCUCCACACUCCUGCCGUCGGCUUGAUUUAUCCAACGAAGCAGCAUUUUUCCUAGACUUUGGGCUUUAUUCCGCCUGUAUGCUAGGCUCGCGUAUGACAAUUAGACGAGAGUUUUCCAAGAUCCUUGUUUAUACAUAAUGAGAUUUUGCAUCUAAUUGAGCAUCGCAUGUCUGCUUUUGUAGCGGUUUCGUGGCUAACAUCUGAUAUGCAGAAGCUUCUUUGGGGUUUGGAUUUUGUGCAGGUGCAAAACUUGGCUACUCGUGCUAGUUGUCGAGAGCUUAUACGCUCCCAGUUGAGCAUCGUCUGUAUCGUGUGUACGUUCCUAUAGCAGUUUCAUAGCUCCAUCAUCAAGAGCUUUUCUCCUUUGAACAAUCUAAUAUGCUCGUGAUCGUCGUCAAGAGCUCUUCUCCUCUGAACAAUCUAAUAUGUUAUCCACAACAACCCAAGAGCUGAUAGACUUGCUGUCUCAAAGCACGAUGUCUCCAUUGUAAAACUACUACUGAGUGGCGAUAUCCUUCAUCUAGCAAGACUAGGUCAUUAUCAUCAAAAUAUGCAGCCAAGGCUAGUACACAUAAAAUUCAAGACUGCCUUGAUGCAACCGUACUCAGAACAUAAAAAGCACAUUGCAGGUCAUGGUCUCUCAAUAUAAUCGUGCGUAGCUGCAAAAUAAGAAAUCCAUACCUCUUGCUCUAACAAGAAUAAUCUACAUCAAUAAAUCCAAUUGCUACUUACUGCCCCCCAUCAAUAAAGCCAAUACUUCAACAUCAAAAAAUGAAAUAUGAAGGCAAUAAUCAAAUUCGA